UGUGUGUAUUGCCCAGUCUUUAAAGAUUCCCAGAGAGCCAAGGCAGGGGGAGUUUGACAAGAUCAUCAGGCGCCUCCUGGAAACAUCCAAUGCCAGGGCCAUCAUCAUGUUUGCCAAUGAGGAUGACAUACGGCGAGUUCUUGAUGCAGCUAAAAGAAACAACCAAACUGGCCAUUUCCUUUGGGUUGGAUCAGACAGCUGGGGGUCCAAGAUCUCUCCUGUGAUUGGCCAAGAGAGAGUGGCAGAGGGAGCAAUCACUAUUCUCCCAAAACGAGCAUCUGUGGAUGCAUUUGACCGGUAUUUCCGCAGCCGCUCCCUGUCUAACAACAGAAGAAAUGUCUGGUUUGCUGAAUUCUGGGAAGAGAACUUCAACUGUAGGCUUGGGAUGCACGGCAAACGGCCCGGUGUGCUAAAAAAAUGCACAGGUUUGGAGAAGGUGGGCAGGGACUCCAGCUAUGAACAAGAAGGGAAGGUUCAGUUUGUAAUGGACGCUGUUUAUGCAAUGGCACAUGCUCUGCAUCGCAUGCACCGGGAGCUCUGCUACGGCUAUCCAGGCCUCUGUCCGCGCAUGGCUAAUAGCAUUGAUGGGAAAGAACUGCUCAGCCACAUCCGUGCAGUCAAAUUCAAUGGAAGUGCCGGUACACCAGUAAUGUUCAACGAGAAUGGAGAUGCUCCGGGAAGAUAUGACAUUUUCCAGUACCAGAUUACAAACAGAUCCACAGCUGAGUACAGAGUCAUUGGCUCCUGGACCAACAAAUUACAUCUGAGGAUGGAGGCAAUGCGUUGGAAGACGGGUGACCCGUCCCUGCCAGCCUCCGUGUGCAGUUUGCCAUGUCGUAUGGGCCAAAGGAAGAAGGUUGUGAAGGGAGUGCCCUGCUGUUGGCACUGUGAAAGCUGUGAAGGAUACCACUAUCAAGCCUCUGAGUUCACAUGCGAACUGUGUCCUUAUGAGAUGCGACCAGAUACCAACCGAACAGGGUGUGUUCCAAUUCCUAUCAUCAAACUGGAGUGGCACUCCCCUUGGGCCGUUGUACCAGUCUUCAUCUCCAUGCUGGGGAUUAUCGCCACCUCUUUUGUCAUAGUUACCUUUGUGAGGUACAACGAUACACCCAUCGUCCGAGCAUCCGGCCGAGAGAUGAGUUACGUACUCCUGACUGGAAUCUUCCUGUGCUAUGCCAUCACAUUCCUAAUGAUCGCAACGCCGGAUGUGGGUGUUUGUUCACUGCGGAGGAUUUUCCUGGGCUUGGGCAUGUGUUUCAGCUAUGCUGCACUGCUCACAAAGACGAACAGGAUACACCGCAUCUUUGAGCAAGGGAAAAAGUCAGUAACAGCGCCCAGGUUCAUCUCUCCUGCCUCGCAGCUAGUCAUUACCUUCUCCCUAAUCUCAGUUCAGCUUCUUGGCGUUUUUGUCUGGUUCGCUGUAGACCCUCCCCACACCGUAGUGGACUAUGGGGAGCAGCGGACCCAAGACCCCAUGGCAGCCCGUGGAGUCCUGAAAUGUGACAUCUCAGACCUCUCUCUCAUCUGCUCUUUGGGUUACUCAAUCCUACUAAUGGUGACGUGCACAGUUUAUGCCAUUAAGACACGAGGCGUACCUGAAACCUUCAACGAGGCCAAGCCCAUCGGGUUUACCAUGUAUACCACGUGUAUUAUCUGGCUGGCUUUCAUCCCCAUCUUCUUUGGGACAUCACAAUCUGCAGAAAGGAUGUAUAUCCAAACUACCACCCUGACAAUCUCUCUCAGCCUUUCUGCCUCCGUAUCUCUGGGGAUGCUCUACAUGCCUAAGGUCUACAUCAUCCUCUUCCACCCAGAGCAGAACGUCCCCAAAAGAAAACGCAGCUUCAAGGCAAUCGUUACUGCAGCAACCAUGUCAGGAAAGCUGACCCAGAAGGGAGACCGACCAAAUGGAGAAGUCAAGACCGAGCUAUGUGAGAGCAUGGAGACCAACACUUCAUCAACUAAGACGACUUACGUCAGCUACAGUAAUCAUGCCAUUUGAAGGGACUACGAAGGGAGGGAGCGUGUCUUCUAGGGAGCCAAGUAAGAGAGGAGGUGGAGGGGAUCACAUCUGAUUUUGCCGAAAACCGGUGAAUGCACAGAGCGCCCAAUGGAAACCAAGCAUGAGACAUUUUGUAUUUGUUACCCAUCAGAACCACAGAGGUGGGACCACUCAAACAGCCAGUCAGUGUGCCUGCUUUGCUGCUACUCUCAGCUCAUUGGUCCUGCCAUGAACUUACCUGUUUAAAGAAAGAAAAAAAAAUCUUUAAAAAAGUAAAAUAACACAGGACAAUG